AUGCGCAAGUGGCCCCGCGCCUCCCUCGGGCUGUCCACCCUUACCAUCUCCUCGCGCCCGCUGCCCUCUCCUACGCCUGAAGUGAACUAUGAGCAGAUCACCGAGGUCGCGAUGGCCAUUGCAGAACAACUCGGUGCCAUGGCCCAGGCCAGCCAGCCGGUCGCGACCGACGCACCGCUCAUGCUCGCGAGCCUCGAGCCCACCCAGGUCCUCGCCCUCCACACCUGGCUCCAGGACCGCUACGACUGGGACGACCCCAACCGGAUGAUGUUCGACGAGGACGUCACCGCGGAGGACCUCGCGCGCGACAUUGUCCGCGCGCGCGGGGGCGAGGGCGCGGCCGUGGGCGGCGCGGUCGAAGAGGAGGACGACUUCGAGGAGAGCUUCAAGACCGCCGCCGAGUUCAUGGCGAGUCCCGCGAUCUGGGUGUCCGACACCAAGGGCACGAUCCGCACCGUCCGCGUCGGCACGCCGCGCAUCAGCACCACCCUUGAGACGUUCCCUUCCAUCGCGCUCCGACUAUCUUCCGAGCGCGGUGUCGAGACGCCCCUGCGGAGCGCGCCCGUGCCCGUCACAGCCAGCAGGUAUGUCAAUGGGGAAGCGACGGUCGACAUCGGCAUGGCGCCGUAUGAGUCGUGGACGGGCAAGCGGUCUCGCAAGCACAGCCGUGCGAGCAAGAUGAUCUUCGGCGUGCUGGGCCUCGCUGCCCUGGCGUCCCCCCUCUCUCCCACGCCGAACAACGCGCUCAGCCCCACGUACGAUCCCCGCGCGCCCUGCUCCGCGCACACGCCCAUCUUCUCGCCCUGGCUGCAGUCGCUCCGCGUACACUCCGUCGACCCGCUCACGUCGCCCUGGCUGCCGAACCGCCGCGGUUCCGACGGCCUCUGGGCGUUCCCCCAGUCGCCCCGCGGUGUUCGCUGCUGA